CAGCAGGAAAAACAAGGACCCUUGUGUGUCCCAAACAUGCACUCACAGGAGAAUGUAUAAAGGCAGGCUAAGACGGAAUAGAUGGUGAAUCAAAAAAGCAUUGAUCGACGGCUAGAAAACCACAGACACGGGAUGAAGCAUGUCCUGGUAUAUAUAUACAAGGAAUGGCUGGGCAUGCAGAGCGCAGCAGAGGCAGUGUGUCGAUUAAAAAUCUGGAGGGCAAAGGAUGUGGGCGUAGUGUGGAGAGGGGGAUUAAUAGCCAGUCAUUUGCUGUCCAUGUCUGUGUUAACGGCAAUAUUACUACUCAAUACAACACGCUUCCACAUCCGCCUCAAUCACACACCUCUCCUCACCCGACUGCCCCCUCUCGCUGGUAAGCAAAUUAUAAGACUCUUGCUGGUUCAUGCUCUCCACACACCCUCCCCAAGGAUUACUAGCUUCCAGCCAUGUCCUCCGCCAUUUGGCCAUGGAGAAAACAGAACAGAGAGCUGCUGACAUGCUAUUUUCUCGAUACUUACGUUUUUACUAUACAAAAUAUUUAAUAUUGCAGCUUUUUUGCGGAGCAGGCAAUGGUUUUGUACAAGCUCAUAGA